CUCCUUGUUCACAGUCAGUUGAUAACACACAGCCAUGCUUCCUGCGGUGAAACGGAUGAGUGCAUUCAGUUUGCAGUGCUAUCUACUCUAUGUUACUUUGGGGCUGCUAAGUAAAGUCGCCCUCACAGCAGUGAACAAUGAGGAGCCCAGUGUUCGUGAAGCUCGGUCAGUGGGCGACCAGGUGUUAGUUCAUCCAGUGGACUGUGUUCUAUCAGAGUGGAGCUCGUGGUCACGCUGUGACACCUGUCAGAAAAAAAGAUAUCGCUAUGCUAAACUGGAACGGCCAUCCCAGUUUGGAGGGCAUCCGUGCAAUUUUCAUAGCAGGGAGGAAGAGGCCUGCGAAGUUCCAGCCCGCUACACCUGUGACAAUGUUCCUGUGUGUGAGGGAUUCCUCUGCACCCACACAGGUCGCUGUAUUCCCAGAACUCUGCGGUGUAGUGGGGAGGACGACUGCGGGGACAUGUCAGAUGAAGUCGGCUGUAAGAACGUUCACAAGCCCUGCAGGCAGGAGGCUGAAGAGUAUUGGGGAAUCGAAAACCUUGCCAAAGGAAUCAACAUCUUGAACAGUAACCUGGAGGGAUUGGUGCUUGAUAACAGAUACUACGCUGGCAGCUGCUUGCCACACUACAUCGAGGAUGUCAGAUUCAGGAAGCCUUAUAAUUUGCAACAGUACAGUCUGCAGACAAAAGGCUCGUAUGAUUUCACCCUGCAGUCUUUUGAGUCGUACUCUGACUUCAUGGACCACACCGUAAAGGAGCGCACAACCAAAACCAGUAUUUCCAUUGGCUUUUCCAUUCCAGGCACAUUUGAAUUUGGCUUUAACCACAACAGUUUCAAAUACACCAAGGCAGAACAGAAGAUUCGCCGUGCUUCUGGCAAGACUAACAGCUUUGUGAGGGCCAAAGCUGAACUGGAGUUGGCCCAGUACAUGUUGAAGUCCGAUGAUUUGAUGCUUCACCCUGAGUUCCUGCAGCGCCUGCGCUCCUUGCCACAGUCUUAUGUUUAUGGGGCGUACAGACAGAUCUUCAGGUACUACGGCACCCACUACAUCACAGAGGCGACCCUCGGAGGAGACUAUGAGUACACCAUCAUCCUGAACAAGGAGAAGCUCGAGCAGUCAGAUUAUUCUUUGGACGACUAUAAACGCUGUACGCAGUCAGGCCUUAAGGUCGGGGCCAACAUAUACGGUGUUUAUGUGUCGGCGGGGGUUCAUGGUGGAUCCUGUAACGGCGCUCUGAAUGAGAUGGGAGAGGACACAGUGCAUGGCAGCAUGGUGGAAGACUUUGUGUCUGUUGUAAGGGGUGGGAGUAGUGAGUCCAUCACUGCUUUGGUGGCCAAAAAGCUUCCCACCCCGAAGCUGAUGGGGCUCUGGGGCGAAGGCGUGCGUUUUAACCCUGACUUCCUUCGCACAACAACACGGCCGCUGUAUGAGCUGGUGUCUUCCAGAGACUUCUCCCAUGCUGCCACCCUGAAAAGAAACCUGAAGAGAGCGCUGUCAGAGUACCUGGCAGAGGCUAGUUCGUGUCGAUGUGCUCCAUGCCACAACAACGGAGUGGCCGUUUUGAGAGGCACCAGGUGUGACUGUGUGUGUCCUAUUGGCUACACUGGACGGGGCUGUGAGAUCACUCAGAGGCGAAAAGAUAUAGCCAUUGAUGGAAGCUGGAGCUGCUGGGGUGUGUGGUCAUCCUGCAGUGCAAGAACGAUGACGAGGAGUCGACAGUGUAACAACCCGGCACCCAGCGUAGGAGGCCUGGCAUGCAGAGGACUGCAGCAAGAGUCUACUGAAUGCUUUUAAUAUCUGCACAACAGCCCCGUUGUAAACCUUGACAUAAAGAAAAACCCUCUUUGAAAAUGGAA